GCGUCUUCAGUCACAGCAGUGGGACGUUCAUGAAAAGACAGCUCUCUCAGUGAGGAUUAUCUAGAUGGUGUAAAGACUGAAGGGCAUAACUUUGCACCACAAAGACAGAAUGAUCUUUCUUCUAGUUUUUGGGGCUUUUGCUCAUCUUGCAGUGGAGGCACAGAACCCGAUAUAUCUCAUUACCGCCCCGAAUAUCAUUCACAUCGGAGUGGAGGAGACAGUGAGUGUGCAACUGCAUGGAGCCAAUAAACCCGCCCAUGUCACUCUGUAUUUCAAAGCUCCUUUUCAAGACACAAAGCUAUGUGAACCGAAAAUCGUGACCUUAAAUGAUGAUAAUCAGCAUCAAGCUGUGGUGACACUUAAGGUUGAUCCAGGUCAGUUUCCCAAUCUUCAAAAAAAGCCCCAAAAUGGUGACCAAUAUGUUAUUCUUGUAGCUGAGAGCAGAGAUCUGUUUGAAAAGAAAUUAAUGCUCAAUAUCCUUCUGUCAAGCAGAAAGGGUUAUAUUUUCAUCCAAACAGACAAGACGAUCUAUAAUCCCGGAGAACAUGUGAAAUAUAGAAUCUUCACUCUAGACAACUACUUACUUCCGAUAAACGAGCGAGUCAACGUCCAGAUAUUUAACUCCAAAGGCCUGCUGGUCUACAGUCACAUUAUGAGCUCCGAACAAAUCCUGCAGAGGACCGUCACUAUUCCAGACGUGGAAUUGGCAGGCCACUGGAAGAUCGCAGCCUCCUUUCAUAAUUACCCAAAAUCUAACACAUCAGUUGAGUUUGAGGUUCGAGAGUAUGUUCUGCCUUCGUUUGAGGUAAAGAUUGAGGCAGCAAAGCAUUACCUCUCUCUGAACAGCAAACAUUUUCAAUUUAGUCUCUCAGCCAGAUACACCUAUGGGAAGAGCGUCAGUGGGGUAGCAUAUGUGCGGUUUGGACUGAUUGACAGUAAAGGAGAGAAGACUUAUCUUCCUGGCACAGAAAUACAGCUUGCAGUCGAGGAUGGCCGCGCAGACGUCCAAGUCCUCACUACAGACUUACAGACUGCAGCAGCCAAUCAGCGCCUAGCGCACAUAACAGACAUGUACCUGUACAUCGCUGCUGCUGUUCUGGAAAAAGCAAGUGGAGAUCUAGAGGAAGCAGAGAGCUCCUCUGUCAAGAUCGUGAACUCUCCGUAUGUCAUCGAUUUGUCAAGGACAAAGAAGUAUUUCACUCCUGGGGGCAUUUUCUCUCUUCUGGGCACCACCAGCUUCCCAGAUGGCUCCAGAGUUCCUCAACUCAAAAUAAAGGCCGAUGUUGUUAUAGAUGGAGCGUCUCAGACUAAGGAAAGCACUGGGGAUAAUAGUGGAAACAUAGCCAUCACAUUCCAAGUCCCAGAGCAGGCUAAGGAAAUCUCUAUAAAGGUGCAAGCGCUGGGUGACGAUGAAGACGUCAUCAUCAGUGAUGCUAAGAUAACAUCCAAAGCAAUCCAAGAUGAAGGAGGCAACUACCUGAGUGUGGAGGUGCAGCAUCGGGUCCUCAACCCUGGGCAAAACCUGCAAGUCACAUUCAGGGACAUUACAAGAGCUGCUAGUGCAAGACCCUCGCAUAUCUAUUACCUGGUUUUGAGUAAGGGCAGAGUGCUGAAGGCAGGCCGCGUGCAGAGGACUGAUCUGACUUCCAUAAACAUGCCUUUCUCUGUGGAUAUGGUGCCCGCAUUCCGCCUGGUGGCCUACUAUUACUCACCAACUGGCAAAAUCGUGGCUGACUCCGUGUGGGUGGAUGUGAAAGAUGUGUGCAAAGGAAAGGUAGAAAUAGUUCCUUUCAGUGAACUGGAACCUGGACAGCGUUUCGAGGUGUCCAUCAGGACCGAUUCAGACAGUAAGGUGGCGCUGAGUGCAGUGGAUUCAGCUGUGUACAUCCUCAAUAAAAAGGGCAAACUGAGUCCUCAAAAGAUGUUCGAGUAUAUGAACUCCUAUGAUCUGGCCUGCUCCGUAGGCGGAGGAGAAAAUUCCAGGUCCGUCCUGGAGACCGCCGGACUCACGUUCAUAUGUAACUGUGCAAAUGAAGUUAUAGUUAGAGACCAUAAAUGCUACAAAGACCGUCAGAGACACAAGCGAGACCUCAACCUCAACGUGCUCGUUAACAGCUACAAGAAACAAGACAGGAAGUGCUGUGAAGAUGGAAGGAAGAAAGGACUGAUGUUAAAGUCUUGUGACGAGAGGCUGAAAUACACAGCGCAUCAAGAACAGAGCUGCCGGGAAGCUUUCAAAAAGUGCUGCGAGGCUGCAGCGGCUAAGAGGAAGAAGGACCAACUGAAGAGAAGGAUAACCACCUUAGGAAGAACGUUCAGCAGCGGGAUAGCGGAGGACGAGAUCGAUGAAGCCGCCGUUUACCUCCGCAGUUUCUUUCCUCAGUCAUGGAUGUGGCAGAUUUUAGGCGCAGACGCAUCGGGGAACAUCAGGCAUGCUCAAGUCGCUCCUGACUCUAUAACCACAUGGGAGGUCCAAGCUGUGGCUAUAUCUCCAACAAAAGGAUUCUGCAUAGCAGAGCCACAACCACUGAAAGUCUUCCAGGACUUUUUCAUAUCUGUUAAACUGCCAUAUUCGGUGAAGAGGAAUGAGCAGCUCGAGGUGAAAGCCGUCGUGUUCAACUACAAGCAGCAGAGUUUACAGGUCACAGUGAAGAUGGAGCGGGCGGCGGGGCUGUGCAGUGCAGGUGCAGGAGAUGUGCAGCAGCAGGUCACAGUGGAACCCCAGUCUGCCAUGGCCGUGUAUUUCACUGUGGUGCCUCUGACCAUCGGGAACAUCCCUAUCACCAUUCUGGCCUAUGCCUCAAACAAAAUCAAUGAUAAGAUACAGAAACAGCUCAAAGUGGUGGGAGAGGGGGAGGUGGUCACCAUUGAAAAGGAGUAUAACAUCGACGCGAGGACUGGGAAUAAACUGGAGUUUAACAUUUCAGCCCCGGAGGAUGAGGUCCCGGGCCAGGAAUCAACCACACAACUGAGUUUUAAAGGUGGCGUGAUGGGAGAAUCAGUGGAUAACUGUCUAAACCUGGAUGGAGUAAAUGAGUUGAUCAAGCUGCCUACUGGCUGUGCAGAACAGACCAUGGUGAAGAUGUCUCCUGCCAUUCACGCCAUGAAAUAUUUGGACGCCACCAACCAGUGGCUCUCCCUGAAUGCACAGCGCCGAGAGGAGGCUCGGACCAUGAUCCAGGCUGGUUACACUCGGGUCCUCACGUACAAGAAGAACGAUGGCUCCUAUGGAGCUUUUCUGAAAACACCCAGCAGCAUUUGGCUGACUGCCUUCAUCGCGAAGGAGCUGACAAGAUCGCGGGACAUUAUUGAGGUUCAAGAUUCAUACAUUGAGGAGGCCAUAUCCUAUCUCAUAUCCAAACAGAAGGCUGAUGGAGCAUGGGACGACCCGAAUCCUCUCUAUGACAGAGGAAUGAAGGGUGGAGUUAGACAAUCUGAGGAUGACGUGCCCUUGACUGCGUAUGUCCUCAUAUCCUUGAUUCAUGCUGUGCCUGUGUAUGAAUUGGGGACAGACACAGAACUGAGAGUGGCCAUCGAGAAGGCAAGGUCUUAUCUCCUUGUGCAUUUAGAUGCACAACAAAACCCCUACGCUGUCGCCAUUACGGCGUACGCUCUGUCUCUGAACAAUAAUCAAAGCCCAGAUGCCAUGAGAGCUCACAGGAAGUUGAUGGACUUGGCUACGUGCGAUAGCAAGCGCUGCUUCUGGGACGUCAGAGGGAAAGUGGGGAGUUUGGAUGAGAAAGCAGACGCCGUUUCCUUGGAAGCCUCAGCGUACGGUUUGCUACAGGCCUUGAUCAUGCAGGACAAACGGAAAUCUGAACCCAUCGCCACAUGGCUGACCGAACAGCGCAGAUAUGGAGGAGGAUUCCUGUCCACACAGGACACCGUCAUAGCCCUCGAGGCUCUGGCCAAGUUUAGCAACCAGAUCAACGACGUGGAAGACCUGGACCUGAGAGUAGAACUAUGCGUGAACGACAAGCGCAGGGAGAACCUGCAUUUAAACAGGCAGACUGCACUGACCCAAAGAGCGGUCGAAGUCAGAGAAGUAGGCAAAGUAGUCCUGAAUGUAAGGGGACAAGGAAAAGGAACGUUAUCGAUCGUGCAGACAUACAGGUCUCUGAAAAAGGAUGAGUCGUUCUGUGACUACUUCAGUCUCAGUGUUAAAGUGGAAGGGGAACUCACGCUCUUAUCCCAUGAAGACGAAGAGGAGAAGUUGGACGACUACUAUAACUAUGAUGAUGAGGCGAGAGAAGAACCCACGAGCAGACAGGACUGGUUUGAUCUGCGCACCCGCAGGAAGAGACAAGCUCCAGAGGAACCAAAGAAAGAAAACACACUGGUUUAUACAGUGUGUGUGAGCAAGAAACAGGGAAAUUCCACUGGUAUGGUCCUGGUGGACGUCUCACUCCUGACUGGACUCAAACCGAAUAUCCAAGAUCUGGAAGAUAACGUGAAGGGCACUGAGAAAUACAUCGACCAUUAUGAUGUUCACCACGACAAAGUAUUCCUUUACUUUGAUAAGAUCACUGGUGAGGAGACGUGCGUGCGGUUCCGUACAGAGCAGAUCGUUCCUGUAGGACUCGUCCAGCCUGCAGCAGCGGUCAUCUAUGACUAUUACAAUCCAGAUAGAAGGUGUUCAGUGUUCUACACGGUGCCGAAGGACAGUCCCAUGCUCGCCAAACUGUGUGAAGCGGACGUGUGCACGUGUGCUGAGGGUGGCUGUCCGCGGCCGAAAGUGACCUUCAGUAAGAACAUGGACUCGAACACGAGGACCCGUUACGCCUGUUUUUCGCCCAUCGUCGAUUAUGUUUACACGGUCAAGAUCCUCAACUCCAGCAGCGAUGGCGUGUUUCUCUCUUAUUCCGUUUUAAUUACGAACGUCCUUCAGACAGGUAAGGACGCAGCGAUCCAGAGAGACGCGGUACGGGAAGUGCUACAGCGCUUAACAUGUGACCAGUUGGAGCUGGACGACGAUGCAGAUUAUUUGAUUAUGGGGCAGGACGACGCCACGUUCGUGGGAAACUCUGAGACGCGCUUUAGGUACAUUAUGGAUGAUAAGAUGUGGAUCGAGGAGAUACCACCAAAAAGGAAGUGCAAGGCGACCAAGAGCAAGCUGGCUUGUGAGGUCCUUGAAAACUUCAUACAGUCGCAUCCUGUAAACAAGUGCUCGAUUUAGCGGGCACGCGCCAUACGAGACGAGACGAGACGAGACGAGACGAGAAGACAACAAGCGGACACGGAAAGCAUUUGUAACACGACACACAGCUCAGUAAAUCGUGUGCUUUUAUUUUCAGUGCAUAUGAACAAGAAAGAGAAAAAAAUAGGGUUUGUGGAACAGUACAGAAUAUCUUAAAUGCUCUUCUGAUGAAAGUUCGUGUUGCAGAUAAGCAUGACCUUGCUUCUCUUAAAAAGGUAAUCAUGAGACUACAGCUUCUGGAAUGAACAGGAAUGAUAUGUUAGUUCUUUGAGUCAUAUGUCGUUAUAACCUAACCAUCAUUGUGCUUUCAACAUAAUGAUGUUUGGCUCUGUAAUUCUUAACAAUUUAACCAUCCUGCUUUGUCUGAUGGGGAAAUGUCCUACAACACGUGUUUUGGCAUUAACCACCAGGACUGAAGGGAGAAUAUAUCUGAGAAAUGGUUUCAUAUUAAAUGCACAGCACAGUAACAGUUCAAUGCUUUGGAGCGCAAACUGAACACUGAAUUUACUGCAGUAUAAAGUAUCACAAAUAAAGAAGUUAUUUAAAACAAUAAAAAAUAAUAAUUAAAAAAAAAAAGGCCUCAUCGCCUUGUUCAUGUAUUGAGUUGAUUAUGUGCCAAAAGUAUUCAACAAAACCACACUUACAAGCAAUUUUUUUUAUAUCACAAUACGAAUAAUUCUUUUUUAUUAUUAAUUCUAAUACUCACUCCACGUUCUUACUAAAAUAUGUAUUUCACUUGUUUUCUGCUUCGGGAAAAAUAUCAUACUUGUCAUAUACCAGUGGCUUUCAAAGUGAGGGCUGCGGCCCCCUUGGGGG